ACAGUGCGAGGACUAGCAGAGUCUGAAGUCUGGCUCAGUUUGGUGAGUAAGAACUACAGAGAAAACAUUCGUUCAUUUUUGCGUCAUGAUGAUGUCACUUCCUCUCAACGGGAAGGAAGCGUAAAGGAGUCUCCCUGAGGACCAGCCGGUCCAUGCGUGGUACACAGACCCGCAUAUGGACUCGAGGAAAGCAGAAAGACAAGAGCGCUCCAAGGACCAGGAGGGUCAGAGGACAACAAGAACCUCGAGUCCAAUGCGGAUUUUCAGGGCAGACCUGAAUCACUUCAAAGAGAAUAUGUUGAACGCCUUCAAGGACUCCAGGUCGACUCUGGAGGACCCAGAAAACACAAGCACCCUCAGUCUGCUGAAGGAGGACUUGAACCAGUUCAGAGAGGACAUUUCCAGUGUCUUCAGGGUUACUGACAAUGCAAGCACCGACAUAAAAGAGAGCGCAGAAGAAGAACCCGGAGAAGACCAGAACCAAAGGUCUGAAGAGCUGAAGGUCCAGGAAGACGCAAAGAGGGCUAUUUUGAAACCAAGACGGAAAAAAACGGACACCAGGGACAACAACGAUGUCUUGCGGGAGACGACAUCGAGCAGCAGUGCCUCGUUGCCAGACUCUGCAGGAGACCACCAUGAAGAAGAAGAAGGACCAUCACAGAGUCUUCCUUCGGACUUUCUGGUACGCAUGCGUUGGCGUGACGGCGCCAGGCAGCCGCUGGACGGAGCCUCUGUCAAAAACUUUGCCUGUUAUUUGACCUUUGACCCCAACACGGCCAACGCCGAGCUGCGACUCAGCGAGUGUAACCGGAAGGCGACCCGGGUCUGGUCGGACCAGAGACCCGGUCAGCACUCGGACCGCUUCCUGCACUGUCCUCAGCUUCUGUGUCGCGAGGGUCUGCUGGAUGCGGCGUACUGGGAGGUGCAGUGGAGCGGCGGCGCCGAUGUGGGCGUGGCCUACAACAACAUCUCUCGGGACGGGGACGUGGCCCGCUGCCUGCUGGGCCACAACCCACGCUCCUGGAGUGUGGAAUGUUCCGCGGGAAGUUACCUGGCGUGCCACGACAACAGGAGAGUGGCACAGUGCACACCGCGACCUUUCACCCACAGAGUGGGCGUGUACCUGGACUGGCCCGCAGGCUCUUUGUCCUUCUAUUGUGUCUCCAAAGAAACCAUGGUCCACAUCCACACCUUCACCUCCACCUUCACAGAAGCCCUCUACCCCGCCUUCUGGGUGUGGGCUUACCACGGCUCUGUCUCACUUUGUCAGGUGGAACUGGACUGGGAACGUCUUCUGCACUGACCUUCUUAUGUACCUUAUACACAUUCUUAUGUACCAUCUACUGUACACCUUGUAGACAUUUUAUACACCUUGUAGACAUUUUAUACACCCUAUGUACCAUCUAAUGUACAUCUUACAUACCCUGUAUACACCUUCUUAUGUACCAUCUACUGUACACCUUAUAUACCCUGUAUACACCUUCUCAUGUACCAUGUACUGUACACCUUAUAUACCUUUUAUACACCUUCUUAUGUACCUUCUACUGUAAACCUUAUAUACCUUUUAUACACCUUCUUAUGUACCAUCUACUGUACACCUUAUAUACCUUUUACACACCUUCCUAAGUACCAUCUACUGUACACCUUAUAUACUUUUUAUACACCUUAUUAUGUACUAUCUACUGUACACCUUAUACACCUUUUUAUACACCUUAUGUACCAUCAACUGUACACCUUAUAUACCUUUUACACACCUUCCUAAGUACCAUCUACUGUACACCUUAUACAACUUUUAUACAACUUUUUAUGUACCAUCUACUGUACACCUUAUAUAACUUUUAUACACCUUCUUAUGUACCAUCUACUGUACAUGUUACAUACCUUUUAUACACCUUAUGUACCAUCUACUGUAAACCUUACAUACCUUUUAUAAACCUUCUUAUGUACCGUCUACUGUAAACCUUAUAUACCUUUUAUACACCGUCUUAUGUACCAUCUUCUGUACACGUUACAUACCUUUUAUACACCUUAUGUACCAUCUACUGUACACCUUACUACCUUUUAUACACCUUCUUAUGUACCAUCUACUGUACACCUUAUAUACCUUUUAUACACCUUCUUAUGUACCAUCUACUGUACACCUUAUAUACCUUUUAUACACCUUCUUAUGUACCUUCUACUGUAAACCUUAUAUACCUUUUAUACACCUUCUUAUGUACCAUCUACUGUACACCUUAUAUACCUUUUACACACCUUCCUAAGUACCAUCUACUGUACACCUUAUAUACUUUUUAUACACCUUAUUAUGUACUAUCUACUGUACACCUUAUACACCUUUUUAUACACCUUAUGUACCAUCAACUGUACACCUUAUAUACCUUUUACACACCUUCCUAAGUACCAUCUACUGUACACCUUAUAUAACUUUUAUACAACUUUUUAUGUACCAUCUACUGUACACCUUAUAUACCUUUUAUACACCUUCUUAUGUACCUUCUACUGUACACCUUAUAUACUUUUAAUACACCUUCUUAUGUACCAUCAUACACCUUCUUAUGUACCAUCUAUUGUACACCUUAUAUAUCUUUUCUACACCUUCUUAUGUACCUUCUACUGUACACCUUACAUACCUUUUAUACACCUUCUUAUGUACCAUCUACUGUACACCUUAUAUACCUUUUAUACACCUUCUUAUGUACCUUCUACUGUACACCUUAUAUACUUUUAAUACACCUUAUGUACCAUCUACUGUACACCUUAUAUACCUUUUGUACACCUUCUUAUGUACCUUCUACUGUACACCUUAUAUACUUUUAAAACACCUUCUUAUGUACCAUCUACUGUACACCUUAUAUACCUUUUAUACACCUUCUUAUGUACCAUCUACUGUACACCUUAUAUACCUUUUAUACACCUUCUUAUGUACCUUCUACUGUACACCUUAUAUACUUUUAAUACACCUUCUUAUGUACCAUCUACUGUAAACCUUAUAUACUUUUAAUACACCUUCUUAUGUACCAUCUACUGUACACCUUAUAUACCUUUUAUACAUCUUCUUAUGUACCUUCUACUGUACACCUUAUAUACUUUUAAUACACCUUCUUAUGUACCAUCUACUGUACACCUUAUAUACCUUUUAUACACCUUAUGUACCGUCUACUGUACACCUUAUAUACCUUUUACACACCUUCCUAAGUACCAUUUACUGUACACCUUAUAUACCUUUUACACACCUUCCUAAGUACCAUCUACUGUGCACCUUAUAUAACUUUUAUACACCUUCUUAUGUACCAUCUACUGUACACCUUAUAUACCUGUUACACACCUUCCUAAGUACCAUCUACUGUACACGUUACAUACCUUUUAUACACCUUAUGUACCAUCUACUGUACACCUUACAUACCUUUUGUACACCUUCUUAUGUGCAAUCUACUGCACACCUUAUAUACCUGUUACACACCCUCCUAAGUACCAUCUACUGUACACCUUAUAUACCUUUUAUACACCUUCUUAUGUACCAUCUACUGUACACCUUACAUACCUUUUAUACACCUUCUUAUGUACAAUCUACUGUACACCUUACAUACAUUUUAUACACCUUCUUAUGCACCAUCUACUGUACACCUUAUAUACCUUUUAUACACCUUCUUAUGUACCAUCUACUGUACACCUUAUAUACAUUUUAUACACCUUAUGUACCUUCUACUGUACACCUUAUAUACCUUUUACACACCUUCCUAAGUACCAUCUACUGUACACCUUAUAUACAUUACACACCUUCUUAAGUACCAUAUACUGUACACCUUAUAUACCUUUUAUACACCUUCUUAUGUACCAUCUACUGUACAUCUUAUAUACCUUUUAUACACCUUCUUAUGUACCAUCUACUGUACACCUUAUAUACCAUUUAUUCACCUUCUUAUGUACCAUCUACUGUACACCUUAUAUACAUUUUAUACACCUUCUUAUGUACCUUCUACUGUACACCUUACAUGCCUUUUAUACGCCUUAUGUACCAUCUACUGUACACCUUAUGUACCUUUUACACACCUUCCAAAGUACCAUCUACUGUACACCUUGUAUACCUUUCAUACACCUUUUUAUGUACCAUCUACUGUACACUUUGUAUACCUUUUACGCACCUUCCUAAGUACCAUCUACAUGUACACCUUAUAUACCUUUUAUACACCUUAUGUACCUUCUACUGUACACCUUAUAUACUUUUAAUACACCUUCUUAUGUACCAUCUACUGUACACCUUAUAUACCUUUUCUACACCUUCUUAUGUACCUUCUACUGUACACCUUACAUGCCUUUUAUACGCCUUAUGUACCAUCUACUGUACACCUCACAUACCUUUUAUACACCUUCUUAUGUACCAUCUACUGUACACCUUAUAUACCUUUUAUACACCUUCUUAUGUACCUUCUACUGUACACCUUAUAUACUUUUAAUACACCUUAUGUACCAUCUACUGUACACCUUAUAUACCUUUUAUACACCUUCUUAUGUACCUUCUACUGUACACCUUAUAUACUUUUAAAACACCUUCUUAUGUACCAUCUACUGUACACCUUAUAUACCUUUUAUACACCUUCUUAUGUACCAUCUACUGUACACCUUAUAUACCUUUUAUACACCUUCUUAUGUACCUUCUACUGUACACCUUAUAUACUUUUAAUACACCUUCUUAUGUACCAUCUACUGUACACCUUAUAUACUUUUAAUACACCUUAUGUACCAUCUACUGUACACCUUAUAUACCUUUUAUACACCUUCUUAUGUACCUUCUACUGUACACCUUAUAUACUUUUAAUACACCUUCUUAUGUACCAUCUACUGUACACCUUAUAUACCUUUUAUACACCUUCUUAUGUACCUUCUACUGUACACCUUAUAUACUUUUAAUACACCUUCUUAUAUACCAUCUACUGUACACCUUAUAUAUACCUUUUAUACACCUUCUUAUGUACCAUCUACUGUACACCUUAUAUACCUUUUACACACCUUCUUAUGUACCAUCUACUGUACACCUUAUAUACCUUUUAUACACCUUCUUAUGUACCAUCUACUGUACACCUUAUAUACCUUUUACACAUCUUCCUAAGUACCAUCUACUGUACACCUUACAUACCUUUUAUACACCUUAUGUACCAUCUACUGUACACCUUAUAUACCUUUUAUACACCUUCUUAUGUACCUUCUACUGUACACCUUAUAUACUUUUAAUACACCUUCUUAUGUACCAUCUACUGUACACCUUGAAUACUUUUAAUACACCUUCUUAUGUACCAUCUACUGUACACCUUACAUACCUUUUAUACACCUUCUUAUGUACCUUCUACUGUACACCUUAUAUACUUUUAAUACACCUUCUUAUGUACCAUCUACUGUACACCUUAUAUACUUUUAAUACACCUUCUUAUGUACCAUCUACUGUACACCUUAUAUAGCUUUAUACACCUUCUUAUGUACCUUCUACUGUACACCUUACAUGCCUUUUAUACGCCUUAUGUACCAUCUACUGUACACCUUAUGUACCUUUUACACACCUUCCAAAGUACCAUCUACUGUACACCUUGUAAACCUUUUAUACACCUUUUUAUGUACCAUCUACUGUACACUUUGUAUACCUUUUACACACCUUCCUAAGUACCAUCUACUGUACACCUUAUAUACCUUUUAUACACCUUAUGUACCAUCUACUGUACACCUUAUAUACCUUUUCUACACCUUCUUAUGUACCUUCUACUGUACACCUUAUAUACCUUUUAUACACCUUCUUAUGUACCUUCUACUGUACACCUUAUAUACUUUUAAUACACCUUCUUAUGUACCAUCUACUGUACACCUUAUAUACCUUUUAUACACCUUCUUAUGUACCUUCUACUGUACACCUUAUAUACUUUUAAAACACCUUCUUAUGUACCAUCUACUGUACACCUUAUAUACCUUUUAUACACCUUCUUAUGUACCUUCUACUGUACCCCUUAUAUACUUUUAAAACACCUUCUUAUGUACCAUCUACUAUACACGUUAUAUACCUUUUAUACACCUUCUUAUGUACCAUCUACUCUACACCUUACAUACCUUUUAUACACCUUAUGUACCAUCUACUGUACACCAUAUAUACCUUUUACACACCUUCCUAAGUACCAUCUACUGUACACCUUGUAUACCUUUUAUACACCUUCUUAUAUACCAUCUACUGUACACCUUAUAUACCUUUUAUACACCUUCUUAUGUACCAUCUACUGUACACCAUAUAUACCUUUUACACACCUUCUUAUGUACCAUCUACUGUACACCUUAUAUACCUUUUACACACCUUCCUAAGUACCAUCUACUGUACACCUUGUAUACCUUUUAUACACCUUCUUAUAUACCAUCUACUGUACACCUUAUAUACCUUUUACACACCUUCUACGUACCAUCGACUGUACACCUUUUCAUGUUAUCUGACCCCAGAACCUUCCUCCAGAAUGUUAUCUUUGUCCAUGUUAUGUCAAAUGAAACAGAAAUUGAGCUGGUUGGCCACAAUACCCAGCAAUAUGUUUGGCGGUGAAAAGGUAAGGCUUUUAAUCCCAGGAACACCAUCCCUACCGUCAAGCAUGGUGGUGGUAGUAUUAUGCUGUGGGCCUGUUUUGCUGCCAAUGGAACCGGUACUUUAAAUGGGACAAUCAAAAAGAAGGAUUACCUCCAAAUUCGUCAGGACAAGCUAAAAUCAUCAGAUCGGAGGUUGGGUCUUUGGCGCAGUUGGGUGUUCCAACAGGACAACGACCCCAAACACACAUCAAAAGUGGUAAAGGAAUGGCUAAAUCAGGCUAGAAUAAAGGUUUUAGAACUGCCUUCCCAAAGUCCUGACUUGUGGACAAUGCUGAAGAAACAAGUCCGUGUCAGAAAAGCAACACAUUUAGCUGAACUGCACCAUUUUUGUCAAGAGGAGUGGUCAAAAAUGGAAGCAGAAGCUUGUGGAUGGCUACCAAAAGUGCCUUAUUGCGGUGAAACUUGCCAAGGGACAUGUAAGCAAAUAUUAACAUUGCUGUAUGUAUACUUUUUCAGUAGAGCCAUAAUAAAUUCAUAAAAAGAACCAAACUUCAAGAAUGUUUUUUGUGAGCAACAAGUAUGUGCUCCAAUCACUACAUCACAAAAAAAUGAGAGUUGUAGAAAUGAUUGGGAACUCAAGACAGCCAUGACAUUAUGUUCUUUACAAGUGUAUUUAAACUUUUGACCAUGACUGUACCUUUUAUACACCUUCUUAUGUACCAUCUUAUCCACCUUCUUCUACACCUGUGAACACGCCUUCUACACCUCUUUCUACACGUUCUUAUACAACGUUUAUACAUCGCUUACGCGCAGACCUUCUAGACCACGGGUGUCAAACUGGUUUUCAUUGAGGGCCACAACGCAGAAAUGGCUGCUAUUCAAAGGCCGUUUGUAACAGUAAAUAAUUAAUGAAUUUGCCUAUGAACUUAAAAUAUUUAACUUUUUUUUGAACAAACAGUAAAAAAAAAAUCUGUGGAUUUUACCUCUGCUUUUUAUAGAAAAAAAUGGCAGCUUAGUUUUUUUUUUACUGUAAAAUAUAUGGUAUGGACACAUAUUAUUUCCAGGCCUUAUAAAAUGGCGUGGAGGGCCAGAUCUGGACCGCGGGCCUUGAGUUUGACACCUGUGUUCUAGACCUUUUUUAUACAUACCCUUACAUACAUUCUACACCUUCUGCCCUGAUGUUUGAUUGACUGCUGUUGACGCGUGUGCUGUGUUUCUGAGAUUGCUGCUGCACAAUAAACCUGCUCAGUGGC